CAGCAAUAGCAACAUUAUCAAUGAGCGAGACGCAGGUGCUUUUCCAGCUUCCAUAGACCCUUCUAAUGAAUAGGCCGUUCCGCAUUAACCAUUCAUGGAUUUCGUGCGCGCAUAAGUAAUAGUCUGCGUCCCUCAUAAAAUAUACGCCGCUCUCUGCGCGCUCUCUCCAGGGACUUGAGGCUUUCAUCCUUUCUUAUACGCUCGAGACAAAUCGAUACGUAUUCAGACCUUCAUAAUAAAACAUAUAGAGCUAGCCUAGUUUUUACAAAAAAUUAACAAUAUAAAAACUGUGUAGCCUACAUUGGAUCCAUUUUCACUUUUGGAAUGACAACGUAUUUUGGAGGAUUUUAAUCCUUUGUUUUAUCUUCCCUCUCCUGCAUUUGUAAAUACUGCGCCUUGCAGAACGAAUCUUUUGGAUUAGUGCCUGGUCAUUGAGAUACAAGCUGCAUUCAUCACUGCAAAUUCAUCGAAGCAAAUACAGACAUUCAAGAUUUGGCAUUGAAACAUUUUAAUUUUGGAUUUUUCCUUGAGGUUAAUGUUCAGAAAUAUUCGACGAACUGGUUGUCACCAGAGAGCAACACGAGGAUGGGAUAUGCAAACAAAACCCUGAAAGGAUGCACGGUGUUGAUUUGGAUCGCCACCCUCCUGCUUAUAGCAGAGACCAGAAGAGUGAAGCAACCUAGAUGCCCCGCAUCUUGUACGUGCACCAAAGAUAAUGCACUGUGUGAAAAUAUAAGAUCGGUCCCUCACAGCUUUCCACCUGAUGUCGUUUCGUUAUCUUUUGUCAAAUCGGGAUUCACCGAAAUAUCUGGGGGAAGCUUCUUACACAUGCCCGCUCUACAGCUUCUCCUAUUCACUGCCAACACGUUUGACUCAAUUGAUGAGGACGCUUUCCUGGGUCUACCUCAUCUGGAGUACCUGUUUAUCGAAAACAACAAAAUUGCUUCAAUAUCACCAUAUGCAUUCCGGAGCCUAAAAGCACUGAUACACCUGAGCCUGGCCUAUAAUAACCUUGAGACAUUACCCAAAGAUGUUUUCAAGGGCAUGGAUGCUUUGGCUAAAGUGGAUCUGAGAGGGAACCACCUGGAAUGUGACUGCAAACUAAAGUGGCUGGUGGAGUGGAUGCGUACCACCAAUGCGACUGUUGACCAGAUCUCCUGCAGUGGGCCCCCGCUUUUCCAAGGGAAACUGAUCAAUGGCCUUGGGCCCGAGUCAUUUGACUGCAUAACAGCAGAGUUUGCCUCUUAUCAGCCCCUGACGUUUGAAUCCAUUUCAGUGGAGUCCUUUACCUUUGGCAUGGACCAGUUUGUUGUGUUUGCCCAGCCCUUUACUGGGACAUGCAGCUUCCUGGAAUGGGAUCACGUUGAAACGGUUUUCAGAACCUAUGACAGCGUUCAAAGUACAUCCACUGUGGUAUGCAAACCCAUGGUGAUUGAUAAUCAGCUGUUCAUCAUUGUAGCCCAGCUCUUUGGUGGUUCUCACAUUUACAAGCGGGACAUCUCUGCCAACAAAUUCAUAAAAAUCCAGGACAUUGACAUCCUGAAAAUCAGGAAACCUAAUGACAUUGAGACAUUCCUCAUAGAUGGUGAGUCCUUCUUCGUGAUCGCAGACAGCUCCAAGGCCGGUUCUACCACAGUGUACAAGUGGAACGGCAAUGGGUUCUACUCUCACCAGUCCGUCCAUGCCUGGUACCGUGACACAGACGUGGAGUACCUGGAGAUCUCUGAUAAACCCCAUCUGAUCCUAGCAAGCAGUUCCCAGAGGCCUGUCGUCUACCAGUGGAGUAAGAGCCUGAAGAAGUUUGACCGGCGCACUGAUAUCCCCGAAAUGGAGGACGUGUUUGCGGUCAAGCACUUCAAGGUGAAGAGUGAACUUUUCAUCUGCCUGACGCGUUUCAUCGGGGACUCCAAGGUGAUGAGGUGGGACGUCUCCAUGUUCAAAGAGGUACAGACAAUGCCUUCGCGGGGCUCCAUGGUGUUCCAGCCCAUCUCCAUCGGCAACUGGCAGUACGCCAUCCUCGGCAGCGACUACUCCCUGACGCGGGUCUACCAGUGGGACUUAAAGAGGGGCGAAUUUGUUUACUUCCAGGAUCUGAACAUCCAGGCACCAAGGGCAUUCUCUCUGGUGUCCAUUGACAACAGAGAGUUUCUGCUGGCCUCCAGCUUUAAAGGGAAAACUCAAAUAUACGAGCACCUAAUGAUUGACCUGAGUAAUAAUUAAUUAAUUAAUUAAAACAAUUAAGGAGUGUGUAGUUGACAAGUGCAGUAGCACUGAACACUGGGGAGAGGAUGACUAUACUGCACCACUAUUUGCAUGAUAUAGCCCACUAAUAAGAAAGAAUUCCUGAUGAAUGCCUUGCUAGAAACAUCUACUGUGUCCCUCUCUUUCACAGCACUCUUUCUUCUUUUUUUUUUCCUCGUAGACAAAGCAAUUGUUGACGUACAGCAGCUAAGCCCUACACUACGGUAACUACAGUAAUACUUGUGCUAUAAGAUAAACUUGAGGUAAAGUAGAAUAAAGUAAACGAGAAUACAUUUGUUUGUGAAGUACUCAUUAACAUUUAACUGACAAUUUGCCAAUAAAAUGUUUACGUUUUUACAAUGAUGAGUAAAUUAAUACAACAUUUUGUAUGUAGAGGGGACCACUCCAAUCAUGUUAUAUCUUUCAUAUGGAGCUAUAGUUUUAGAUUUUGAAAUUACAUUUUUAAUUGAACCUAAUGUAGGCCUAAAGCUGUUUAACUGCAAUACUACAAAAAACACACAUGUAUUCUAAUCUGUAGUAAGAGUGUGUUUUGUUUUUAAUUUAUUUUGCUGUAUUUUAUGUAUAGUAGGCUAGUAAUAAACCAAUUUCAUAAAAGCAUAAAUGUGUUGUCUUCAUGGCCUUGAUUAAUAAACAACACAAAUGCA